AUGGCCAAUGACUUGGCCUGCAAAGGCCUGGAUAAGAUUGAGAAGACCUUGCCAAUCCUGCACCAGCCUUCUGAGCAGAUUGUCGCCAACGCCAAGUAUGCAGUGACCGGUGCCAAAGACGUGAUGUCCAACACCGUCACAGGGGCCAAGGACAGUGUGUCCCACACCUUGACCAAUGCAGUGGACCGGACCAGGGGUGCCGUGCAGGACGGCGUGGAGAUGACCCGUGCUGCCGUGCAGGAUGGUAUGCAGAUGACCCGGGCUGCGGUCAGCGGCAGCGUGAAUACGGUGAUGGAGAGCCGUGUGGCCCAGAUGGUCAGCAGCGGAAUGGACACGGCACUCACCACCUCCGAGAGCCUGGUGGACCAGUACCUGCCUUGCACUGAGGACGAGUUGGAAAUGGAGGCUAAAAUGGUUGAAGGAUUCGACGUGGCGAAGGAUGCACCUAGCUACUAUGUCCGUCUGGGCUCUCUGUCUACCAAGCUGCGUAAGAGGGCGUACCACAAGGCUCUGGCCCAGGUCAAAGACGCCAAACAGCGCAGCCAGGAGUCCAUCUCACAACUCAGCCACACUGUAGACCUGAUUGAAUACGCCAGAAAGAAUAUUGACGGAGCUAACCAGAAGGUGAAAGGGAAACUGAGCUCCCUGAUUGAGUGGAAGUCUAAUGAGGAAGCCGAUGGCAAUGAGGCUGAGAAUAUAGAGUCAAGGACCCUGGCCAUAGCACGCUCCCUCACCCAGCAGCUGCAGACAACGUGCCAGGUGCUGGUUUCUGGCCUGCAGGGUCUUCCCCAGAACAUCCAGAAGGAGGCGCUGUUCCUCAGCCACUCCGCCUCCCAGGUCUACUCCAGCUUCAGCAAAGCGGCGGCGUUUGGAGACCUGUCAGACGGCAUGCUGGCCAGCAGCAAGGCCCAGCUGGGCAAGAUGAAGGAGUCGCUGGAUGGCGUCAUGGACUACCUGGUUAACAACACAUCCCUCAACUGGCUGGUACCAGACUCUACCUUGUCCGACCUCUCGUCAGUUGAGGAUGAUGAAAUAUCAGAUGAGACCAGCACCAACAAACCUCUAUCAGCCCCCAUUGCCCACCAAUAA